AGUACGGCGAGUGGAGAGCAGAGGAGGCGCACCUGUUGGGAAGCUGCAGGUGAGCGGGGAGUUUGGAUACAGACAAUUGGACGCAGCAAAAAGGACUUUCACCGAGUGACAGCGGCACUAGCACAAAAAGGUGAAUUGCAGGGAUCUGAAAAUGGAAUUUGAUAAUAUAAAGUCCUCGGCCGCCCUUGUUUAUGACGAGUUCAUCCAAAAUGCCGACUCGCGGACAGAGAGCUGGCUGCUUAUGUCAUCUCCUCUCCCCCAAACGGUCAUCAUCGCAGCGUACAUUUACUUUGUCACAUCGCUCGGGCCUCGGCUAAUGGAGAACCGCAAAGCCUUUGACCUCAAAGGAGUCCUCAUAGUGUACAACUUCAGCGUGGUGGCUCUCUCACUCUACAUGUGCUACGAGUUUGUGAUGUCAGGAUGGGGAACGGGAUACUCUUUUCACUGUGACCUCGUCAACUACUCUGAUUCACCACAGGCUAUAAGGAUGGCAGCAACAUGCUGGCUUUACUACUUCUCAAAGUUCAUUGAGAUGUUGGACACGAUCUUCUUUGUGCUGAGAAAGAAGAAUAGCCAGGUGACAUUUCUUCAUGUCUACCAUCACUCAAUCAUGCCAUUCACCUGGUGGUUUGGAGUUCGUUUUGCAGCAGGUGGUAUGGGGACAUUCCACGCCCUGCUCAACUGUGUUGUCCAUGUUAUCAUGUACACGUACUACGGCCUGACUGCUCUGGGCCCCAACUACCAAAAGUACCUGUGGUGGAAGAAAUACCUCACUACCAUUCAGCUGAUCCAGUUUGUUAUGGUGACCAGCCACAUCUCCCAGUAUUUCUUCAUGAAAGACUGCCCCUACCAGUUCCCUAUCUUCAUCUACAUCAUCGGCCUGUACGGCCUGAUUUUCCUGUUCCUCUUCCUCAACUUCUGGUACCACGCCUACACCAAGGGCAAGAGGCUGCCCAAAGUGCUGCAGGCUCAGACAUGGUCACACCACACCAACGGCGUUAUGAAUGGAAACGCCAGUCAUGAAAAAGAUGAGUGAUGCAAGACUUGGCUCGUCUGGGGGGGGGGG